AUGACUGAAGAACAAGCCGCUAAGAAGCGGAAAAGACCGGUUUCCGUGGGGCCUAAAUCUAAGAAAUCCAAACCGCCGCAAGCGACAAAUAACAAUUCCAAACCAUCGAUAGUAUAUAAUGGAGUGCAAAUGCCAUUCCCUAAACCAUCACAAAACGCAAGCAAUGGUGAUCAGCUAUACUGUAUUUGCCGUAGUAUCGACAAUGGUGAGCUCAUGGUUGGCUGUGACAAUUGUGAUGAUUGGUACCAUUUUGAUUGCUUGAAAUUGGAUAGAAAGAUGGAGAAGUUGUAUUAUAAGUUCUACUGUCCCUAUUGUGAGUCCAUAGACCCUGAGAAAUUCCAAAGCGUGUUCAGGAAAAAAUGUCUUUUACCAAGUUGUGGUCUUCCGAUAGUUAUGAACUCCAAGUUUUGCACCAAAGAUCAUGGAUUGAAAUAUUAUAAACAGAUCAAGGAGAAGCUUACGGAAUUGCCACCAAAGGACUUACGGCACCUUAAACUCGGGGAAAUUUCAAAGAUUCUCAAGUCUCCAGGUAAUCUAGAUUUCGAAAAAUUUAGUAAAUUAGGUGACAGUCUACCCGAGUCCACAGAGUCGGAGUUUGGGAAAUUUGUCAAUAUCGAUGAUCCGGUUAGUGAAUACAAUGUCCAAUUGAAAAAUAUCAAUCAACACUCAGAGCAUCUACAACAACAACAAAAAUUCUAUCAUUUUAAAUCAAAAUAUCUUGGGCAAGUUAAGAAUCAACUUAAACAAAUAAAUGACUACUUUCUUGAAAUCUCUGGGGCUGCGUUAUCACAGGCCAAGACUAAGCCAAAGGACAAGGGGAAGAAAAAUGCAUCCAAGAAAUUUGAGAUUUGUGGAUACAACAAGCUUCUAGCGUUGACGUUGGCUCAAUGGCAAAAAUAUCUAAAAACUGAGGAAGCCCAUAGGAUAUUUAGUAGCAAUAACGACGAGAAUAUUGAUUUCGAAACCAUUGAAAUUGUGCCUGAAUUCUCAGCCUCGCAGUUGGAAAAACUUAAAACCGCAUUCGUUGAUAUUGAAGCCAUGAAAGAGUAUCAAGAUUCUUUAACCAAUGGCUCGCCGCAAGAAAUAUUCCCUGAAACUUGUCUUUUAGAAAAAAAGAAAUGUGGGAGACAUGGUGGUUGGUUGCUGAGAGUUAAUGAUGAGAUUGUUAUUCGGACAAAUGAAAUAACUGCAGAAGAAAACGAAUGGAAACUGCAAUUAGAUGGAUUAAAGCACCGUUAUGUGGUAGAAUAUUGGGAAUGUAAUGAGAAUUCAAAGAGCUGA